CUAGGCACGAUGCGUUAAACAACAACAGGAGUCUUUUAUAUUUACGUUUUUGGUUUAUGCACCUAAUCCUAACCUAUGUGCAUGCUACAUCAGAUGAUGUCGGGACUAGGCGUCAUCUGCACAGAUAUAAGAUUGAUGACGUGAUAUGGAUCUUAUUUAAAUCACGAUGAGUGCGAGUCCAGAUCAACUCUCCAACUCGGAGGGUGGGAGUAACCAGUUGGAAAAGGAUUUCAAGAAAUAUCAAGCUGACCAUCAUUUGACAUUGACAACUGUCAAGCAAAAGAUAGCAUCGACUGACCUGCUACUCAGGAAGUUUAGUGGAAAAUGUGCAGAUUUUGAUGCGCAAGCAAGGAAGUUAGAAGAAAUUAGCACCACUUUGGAGCGAGUUCAAAGGUAUCACUCACCUACUAGUAGGCUACUACACCUGUGGACAUAGUCACGAUUUGUCAUAAAGUGCAGAUCUAGAGCCUGUGACAGAGAAACACAGAGGCAGACAGACAGACGGACGGGCGGACGGACGGACAGCCAGACAGACGGACAGACAGACAGACGGACAGACAGACAGACGGACAGACAGACAGACGGACAGAUAGACAGACAGGCAGACAGACAGACAGACAGACAGAC